UUUUAGCUCCAGUUUUCUUCUUUCCCCUUGAAAGUUUCAGAAUAACAUUCAAAGCUCAAAUGCGGGCUCGUUUCUCCGACGUUGAUUACUUCGCCACCACUCCGUUCCAACUCAACGAAACCCUAACCUUCCUCCAACUCCCAGUUGCUCAAGUCUCUCUCUCUCCUCCCGUCACCUCCACCUUCUCCGACCUGCUCUUCCUCCGAUCAUAUUCCACCUCCAAAGUCUCCCUUCGAAUCGAAAAUUUACCAAUCGAAACUGCUCUUUCCCAGUUCUUUUCCAAUGUUAUUCCUCAGAAAAUCGUCACCUGCGCCGAAGAUUUUGAGGAUGACGUUCCGUCCUCGAGUCAUACAAGUUCCAGUUCCAGAAGCCACGAGACUCAUUUAUCGGAGAAUAUUCGGGUUCUUAACGAGCAAAAGGAAGUGGAGAGUCACAGAGCUUCUCGAUCCAAAGUUGUUGAAAUGGAAGUUCUUAAUAAGAGUAAUGCAGUUACUGUUGAUGUUAAAGUUCCACGACGAUAUGAAGUAAUUCAAUUUGAAACACCAGAGCUUGAUGAAUUCGUGGAAACAUCUUCAUUCUUUGAAAACAAGGGGAUCCACAUUCUUUCUGAGGUUCCAGAGAUUGAAGAAAGUUUGGAUAUGCUCAAGCCAGGGCCUGCAACUCAUUAUCCUAAUGAAGUUCACAAGUCAGUUCUGUCUGUUGAAGAUAUUACCAUUGAGUAUCCCAUCGGGCAAAAGGCUAAUUCCCCCGAAGAUUUUCAGGACCAGAUUCAAUUUAAUAAAGGAAAUUUCCCAAUUUUAGAAGUGGAUGAAAUAAUUCUGGAGCAUAUUGCAGGCUUUUCUGUUAAGGAAAAGUUUCUUUCCUUCAUUGAAAAUGCUGAACUACAACAUUUACAAACAGAUGACCUGGAGUUCAACAACAAAGAGCUUUGGGGUUCUAAAGAUUAUGAUGUAUCAGGGUUUAUUUCAGACCAUAGUCUAUCACCUCACUCUUGUGGAUAUGAGCUGGGAUCCCGGGACAAUUUCCCAGAAAUAGACUUGAUAAGUCUGGUAGAAAUUUCACAGAUUAGGAUGAGCUCUAGAAUUCAAAGGACAUCAGAAAGUGAAUGUUUUCUGUCAGAUAAACCAUUUGUUUAUCAGGAGUUUCAAAUCCUUGACAAGGAUUCGUCUCAAAUUUUUGAAGACCUCUUGAACAGACAAACAAUGUAUGAAACAGAAACUUCUGACUGGAUGUUUAAUGAAGACAUGAACUUCAAGAAUUUCAACAAAUUGAUUGUUAGUCAUGAGCUAACACUUGUAGAUGACACAUUCAAAUCAUUGCCCGUACCUGUUCUUUCUGAUCAUGGAAAACUGAGGUCAAUCUACACAAUUAUUGAAGGAAAACUUGCUCAACUAAAACCACAGCCCUUAUCUGCACUAGAUGGAAUAUACUUGGACUGGCAUAUUCUUGAGGAAGUUAGCUAUGACCGUAACACUAGUAUAAACUACGAGAAAGAUUUACAUGAUAUGGGUUCAUGCAACAUUGAUUUUGAUUGGGAUUCUUUUGGUGAUAGAAAUGCGGUAUAUGAUUUCAUCUUCUCUGAUGAUGGUGUAUAUGCAUUUAAUAAGGAGGAAAAUGGAGAUUCAAAGGAGCUUCUUUCUAAUGUAUCUAUCCCUGUUGGAAUUGAACCAAGACAUUUUUUAGGUAGUGAGUUCCCACAACCGAAGAAUGAAGAAUGCUUGGCCAGAAAGAAUGAUGAGAGGGCUUCAUUCAUAUUCAAGUCUAUGUCACAUUCUAAUGAUCUUGAUUUUUUCAGAAAAACUCAGAAAGCCUCCACUGGAACAAACAGUGAACCAACAGUUAAGACAUUCAAUAAAAAUGCCACAUCUCCCAAAGUUGCACUGGGUAACUCAGUAGCAGAUGUAUCUCAGGGAGGGGAAUCAAUCACCCUUUUAGAUAGGGAUGAGGAUGUUAACAAUCAGAAGAAGCUCUUUCUCAAUCCAUCUAUUCAGGAAAAGUGUAAUGUCAGAUCUGAAGAGCCUGCAGAUAAUGUAGAAACUUGCAGUAUGCCUUUACACCCUUCUAUGUCAUUUCCAGAAGAGUCUAAGCACAGGAGCCCUCAAGAAAGCAUGUCAUCUCUUCCCAAAACAGUGAUACUUGUUAACACACAAAAUCUUGAUAAGGAAAUGAUAGUAUCCAGAAGAAGUACCUAUCAAAAAAUUCUUGCAAUAGAGAAACAAGGUGCACAAGUUGUCGAACGUGAUUCAGAUUUACCUGUAGAUGUUGUGAUAAAUUCUGCAAUUUGUUUAGUUUGGUAUGAUUGCAGAAAUAUUGGAAAGAAAACAACUGCAGUGGAUGAAGCUUCUUCAAGCUUACCCUUGUGCAUUGAGAACAUUGCAACAAAUGUUUUGACUUUGCUGAGUUUCACUUUCAGUGGCUGCAUUCUGGUCUUUGAGGGAGAACACAGUUUCCUUUCUACUGUAAUGGAAUCCUCUGAUGGACUUUAUGCUGCAGCAGCGAGCCUUGGAAUUGAUGUGCAGCUCUUUUGUUCCUAUUCAUCUGAGUUGACUGAUGAAAUUAUAAUGAGCUGCAUUGGAUAUGCCACUGGAGGUGUAUAUCCAAGAAUGACUGAAUCAGAAACUCUUGCAGAGUCAUUUCUUACAAAGUUUCCUUCAGUCAAUCCUUUGACAGCUCAUGCAAUUUUAUCUUCGGGAGGCAUGCUUAUUGAGUUCCUGGAAUGGUCAAAUGAAUGCAGGAUUCGCGCGCUCCAGAAAUUUAAUGUUCCUGAUGAAAGUAUCAAUUUGUUAGGUGCUUUAUUGAAAUAUGGUGAGCGGGAGGAUUCGAGAUCAAUAAUGACAGACUAUUCUUCUUCAGUCUCUUCUGGUAUGGACUCUGAAAGGUUCAAUCUAAAUGUUGCUUCUAAAAGAAAAAGAUGGAGCUACGAUGAUAGCCUUGAAAACAUUGAUAUACAAACGGAUGAUUUAUUGCACGAUGAUACAGUAAAGCACUUUUCUAAAGGUACCCUUAAUACUUCUACAGGAACAAAACCUUAUGAGUCAUUCAUGUCAAAAGAUCAUGACACAUUUCAUGAGUUCAAAAACCCGAUACCAUAUGAGAGCAAUCUGUUCCAUCAAGAACAUGGAUUCGAUGAAGCUAUGAUGAUGAAUCAUUUUGUUGUUCCAGAGCCAUAUGAUUUUCAAAAGUCUAAAGAACCUCAAAGGUUUAAGGAAACUAAAAAGCCUGCUUUAUCUUCCAAAGAUAGGUUGUCAGGUCAACUACAGGGAACAGACGUGGAUUUGUUGAAAAGCUUUGAUCUGCAUGAUAUCAGCAGUUCUGAUAUUCUUUUUGAGGACCAAAAAGGUGAAGUCAUUGACCUGACUGGAAGUCCUGCACCAGGUAUGGAGUUUUCUUCUGUUGACAACCCCAUAUCCUUUUUUAUCCCUGAAAUGGAAAAAUAUGGCAUGAUAAAGUCCAAAACUGCAAGAAGAUUAUCAUUUGACAAAAACCAUCAGCCUAAGUUUCCAACAAGUACAGAAAUUUGCUCAGGUUCAAAUAUUCGGAAUUCUGUAAAAGACCAGAAGAAGAGUUUACAUGUUGGAGCCAGCAAUUCCUCAGAUAUAGAUCUUGAAAAUAAUGCUACAUCUUUAGACAAACGUAACAAGCUUUUAGAGGAUUGUUUCAAACAUAGAUCUGCUGAAAAAUCUCAAGGGUUACAGUUCCAAGGGAGGAACUCGUCACUUCAUGGAGAUACUCCGCUCUCACAUGCCCUCCAUUUGGCCAGUCCGCAACAAAAGUCUCCAUGGACAAUGGAGUUUCUUAACAAAAUAAAGGAAAAGAGUAGAAUUCGUCAUCAGUCCCUUCCUUGUGACACAGCUGCCCCUUGUUUUGGGUGUUCGGGGGAUGUAUCGAAAGUUACCAAGCGAAGAAGCCCCUCCAUUCUUGAAUUUUUCAAGUACCAAGGAGGCAACAAUAUGAGGAAGAUACCAGAACAAAAGAAACAUAAGCGAUCUACACAGUUGAGUUCAUCAAAAGAUGAAAAAACUUCUGCCUCCACUCUUCCCACAUGGACACCUCUAGAUAAAAGAGCACGGCAGACACUAUCUUUUGCAAAUGAGGGAAAAGGCCAAACUAAGCUGGUCUGGAGUGAUGGAAUUCACAAUCCGAGCAAAAAGUUUUUCCAUUAAAUAUGAAAUGCCUAUAAACUUUUGCUGGAAGCUCAUGGAUCUACCAUCAUUUGGCUGAUACUGGAGGUUGGUCUGUAAUCACAAGUACAUCGAGCUUUAACUGAAAGUAAGCUUCAGAAUGUGAUUUUAUACUGUAAUUCUGGCCCUGCUUCCAGUUUAAUAUUUGGCAUAAAAAUGUCAGCAAAUUUUAUAAGAUCUAUUAGCUUCUUUUGGAACACUACGGCUUUAUUUGUGUACAUGAGUUUCCAGUUCAGGUUUUCUGGGAUUUAUACAUUUGUAAUUCUAAAUCUAAUUACCAAAAAUGCAUUAAUGUUUUGCACUA